AUGGAGUGCAGGAAACUUGAUAUUACUCUUGUUUCUGCUAAUGAUCUCCCUGACAUUAGAAGUUUUGGCAGAAUGAAAGUUUAUGCUCAAGUUUCAAUCAACGGUCUACCUAACACAGAAAAGAAAACCCAUGUGGACAAGAAUAACGAGUGUAGUCCCCGCUGGAAUUGCACCAUUGGUUACACACUAGGUGCGAAAGCAGUCCAACAAAAAUCUGGUGUUGAAAUUGUAAUCAAGUUAUUCUGUGAAAGGACAUUUGGGGAUGGAUAUAUUGGUGAAGUGAAACUGCCAUUGGGGAGACUUUUUGAGCAUGGACCUACUGCUCAAAAUAUGAGUUACGUCGUGGGUGGAACAACUACUGGAACCCUAAUUAUUUCGUACAGUUUCGGAGAAAUAAUUGUAGUUAAUAAACCGUCUGGUUGGGAUAAAGCGAUCAGGAUAGUGGGGAAACUUGGGGUUACUCUACUGAUAAAGGGAACCAUUCUCCUGAUAACCGGAGGUGUUACUGAUGGUGGCUUUGACAUUCCCAUUUUCACGGACUCUAGUGAUAUUAUCGAUCCAAUCGGUGAUGUUGCCGUUGAUGAUGUAGUCGCCGUCAACUCUUGUGAUAUUAUUGAUCCAGUCGGUGAUGUUGCUUGUGAUGAACCAGUCGUCGGCGUCGCUAUUGAUGAUUGCAAAACUGAAGGACAGUAA